UCUCCCCUUCCUGAGUGAGGGAGUCAGAGCUGGGAGAAGAAGUUGGAGAUCUGUCCGGGGGGCCUCAUCGGGGAACGCUCCUUAUCGCUCUUUCCCUUCCCUCCUUGGAGAUGUUGCUUUUACUUCUGACUUUGUUCUGGGGGCGGUCCAUUUCCCAGACUCUGGAGUUCGCGCUGCGGGUUCCGGAGUCAGUGACGGUGGAGGAGGGCCUCUGUGUCUCCAUCCCCUGCACCUUCACCUACCCCGAGCGCUACAAAAAUAACCAUACUGCCUAUGGUUACUGGUUCCAGAAAAAGGACAAAAGUAAGAAGGAACUCGUGGCCACCAAUAAAUACGAAUUGAACAAGCAGUGGAGAAGGCGGGGCCGAUUCCACCUCAUCGGGGACCUCCAGAGGGACGAAUGCUCCCUGCGCAUCAGCGAUGCUAACGUUCGGGACAACGGGAGGUUUAUGUUCAGGGUGGAAAAAGGCAGUAGUCUGAAAUACCUAUACAAAGAGCAUCAAGUCAAUGUAAUGGUGACAGCCCUGACACAAGAGCCAAAGAUUCACCUUCCAGCGAUUCUGGAGUCUGGGCAAUGGGUCACCCUGAACUGUACAGCUUCCUGGGCCUGCGAGCAGGCCACACCCCCCACCUUCUUCUGGACGGCACCGGUCUUCUCCCCUUCAAGAAACCCACCCUGGCGCUCAAGCCCGGGACCCCCCUUCUUCUCUGUUCUCCCUCUCACUCUGGGGCCUCAGUACCAUGGAACCAACCUCACCUGUCACGUGACCUUCCCCGGGGCCAAUGUGACCACGCGGAGUACCGUCCGGCUCAACGUGUCCUACGCCCCAGAGAAUAUGACCUUCACGGUUCAUCGGAUGAACAGAUCAGAUAUCGCCCUCAGUUCCUCAGGAAAUGCCUCAUCUCUGACGGUCUUGGAAGGCGAGCACCUUCGUCUGGCCUGUGCCGCUGAGAGCAACCCUCCGGCCACACUCAGCUGGAGCCACGAGGGCCUCGGUCUCGGCCUCUCUCCGUCCCCAGACCCUGGGGUUUUGAACCUGGACCUGCCCCGAGUCGCGGUGCGAGACGAGGGAAAAUACACCUGCCAGGCUCAGCAUCCACUGGGAUCUCGGUGGAUUUCCCUGCAUCUCUCUGUGCACUUCCCUCCGCGGCUGGUCAAUUCCUCCUGCUCCCGGGACGUGGAGGGUCUGCACUGCAGCUGCGCCAUCCUGGCCAACCCACCCCCCGCCCUGCGCUGGUGGGUGGGUGGGCAGCCCGUGUCGGGGAACAGCAGCGGCAGGGACCAUCUGGUGACUUCCAGCGGGUCUGGCCUCUGGGCCAACAGCACCCUGAGACUGAGGGGGGUGCUGGAGCCCGGCCUCCGCCUGCUCUGUGAGGGCACCAACCCCCACGGGACACACGGCCUCACCAUCCUGCUGGCUUCAGAUACGAAGCCUCUAAUCACCAAUGCCUUCACCAACGGGGUGACCCUGGCUGCCAUCGGAGGAGCAGGUGUCAUGACCCUGCUCUCCCUCUGCCUAAUUCUCCUCAUAAUGAAGAUUCUACGGAAGAAAAAAGAAGCUACAGGGUCAGGGGUCACAGAGUCCCAAGGCAUUGCCAAGGUUGACUAUACUGACCUGCAAGAAGUUACAGGGUCAGACGUCACAGAGUCCCAAGGCAUCACCAAGGAUCAACCCUGGGAAGCAGAGCCGGGCAGCCCACUGGACCUCCCUCCUCCAGCGGACCUCUCCAGUGAUGAAGCCAGGAUCGAAGAGCUCCAUUACGCCUCCCUCACCUUCUUAGGGCUGAAGCCCCGAGAGACCCAGGCCUCCAGGGAGCCGAGCACUGAAUACUCCGAGAUCAAAUUCAGAUUUCCAGGUUUUCCCAUGGCUCUGGCCAGCCCAUUCCUUCCUCUGGACCUCCUGCUGCCCUUCAAGCCCAAAGCAAAAGUGCCUGAAGUUCAGAUUUCCACUUCAGUUCUACCCUGCUGUCUCUUAGCCCAGCCCUUUCCUCCAGCAGGGUCCCUGUCCCAGGAUGAGAAUUUUCAGCUGGUCGUUCCCAAUUCAGUAACAGUAGAAGAGGGCCUCUGUGUCCUCAUCCCCUGUACCUUCACCUACCCCUUGAGCUUCCAGAACAGCCAUGAAGCCUUAGCUUUCUGGUUCCAAGAAGAGGGUGGCAGUCAAGGGGAUCCAGUGGCCACCAAUGACCCCAAUCGGCCAGUGAAGGACUGGAGCCGGGAUCGCUUCAAUCUGACUGGGAACCCGCAGAUGGACAAUUGCUCCUUGAGUAUUGACUAUGCCCGGGCUGGAGACAGCAGAAAGUACCUGUUCAGGGUGGAGAAGGGUCCACAUCUGAGAUAUGAGUUCCUGAAUUACAAAGUUUUUGUCAAUGUGACCGCCUUGACGCGGGUGCCGGAGAUCGACAUCCCUGAGACCCUGGAAUCUGGGCACCCCGUAAAUUUGACUUGCUCAGCGCCCUGGGUCUGCGGGAGGAUGCUGACGCCCACCUUCUCCUGGCUAUGGAGAGGCCUCUAUCAGUGCCCUGGGACCCCCCAAUCUUCCGCGUUCCUCUUCACCCCCGGGCCCCAGGACCACGGCACCAACCUCACCUGCAGGGUGACGAUCCCUGGAGCUGCAACUGCUGAGAAAACCGUCCGUCUUAACGUCUCUUAUGCUCCCCAGGAUCUAACCAUUCAAGCUCUCUGGGAAAAUCAAAGAAAUACAGCCCGGAACUUACCAGGGACCUCUUCCUCUCUGACCGCCCUGGAAGGGGAAUCCCUCCGUCUAAUCUGUAGUAGCAAGGGCAAUCCCCCAGCGGACCUGAGAUGGACCUGGAAGGGCCGAGUCCUGAGCCUUUCCCGCCCCCGGGACCCCGGUGUCCUGGAGCUCCUGCUGCCAUACCUCGGGGAAGAGAACGAAGGAGAGUACACCUGCCACGCUCAGAACCCACUAGGGACCAGGAACGUCUCCCUGAAUCUUUCCGUACAGUACCCCCCUCGCCUACUCAACUCCUCUUGUUUCUGGGACUUGAAGGGCCUGAAUUGCAACUGCUCCACUCAGGCUAAGCCACCCCCAACCCUGCGCUGGUGGGUUGCGGGGGAAGCUGUGGAAGGGAACGUCAGCGGAGACCCCCAGGUGUCUUCCGCCAAGUCUGGACUCUGGACCGUCAGCAUCCUGAGCCUGAAGCGGGAGCUGGAUGAUGGUUUUAGCCUCCGCUGUGAAGUCUCCAAUCCCCACGGGGCCCACACCCUCACCUUACUGCCAGGACCAGAUCUGAAGACUUCUCUCUUGAAUCAAUACGCCAAGGGGAUGACUCAGGGAGCCAUUUAUGGAGUCGGCAUCACAGCUCUGGUCUCCCUCUGCCUCUUCCUCUUCACGGUGAAGAUGCUGAAGAAAAAAGGAGGGGACUCGAAGACUGAGGUCUCCAAGUUGCAUGACAAUACUGAGGCUGAUUACAUCAACUUGGUCUCCAAUGACCUCCCACCAAACCAGCAUCGAGAAUCCAAGCCAGACAACCCAUGCAGCCCCCGUUCCCCUGCUGCCAUCUGCAGAUCUGAGGUGAGGGGAGAUGAGCUGCAUUACUCUUCUCUCAAGUUUUUGGGGCGGAAGGCUCGAGAAGUCCGGCUAGCCAAGACCCCCUCCACUGAAUACUCGGAGCUUAAUUUCAGAUAAGGAGGGGGAGGAGGGACGGAUAGAGAACCAGCCCCGGCUGACGGAUCUGAGGGGCUCGUGACCUGGGAUUUGCAAUUGGGGGGUGGGGGGGGAUUUGAUUGUAGGGAAGGAAUAAAGAUGAGGACAAUGAGAUGGCA